AACUUGCCUUUGUCCCGCUCCUCUCCUCGCCUUCCUCUCUCUCUCUCUCUAUAUAUAUAUCCCACACACACACUUCCCUUCAGACAGUCUCUCAGUUGCACACACUCACUCACUCAGGACCACACUCUGUAUAUCUCUACAGUUGGAGGUUGCCUUUUUGUGAAUCUAAACCCUAACUCUGUUCCGGAGCUCCAAAGCUGUAGACAAACAUGAAGCCACGUUAACUUGAUUUUGACAAGCUGUCAUCCCAUGAGGCAUGCAGUUAUGAAUGACGAGAGCAGAUCUUCCUACUCCAGAGAGGCCACUGUGCGAAUCACACGAGCACGGGCAAAAGCCUUAGACUCAUCAGGGGGACUGCCACCUUUAUAUCCUUCAGCAAAACAAGAUGGCAAGGCCUUGCAAACAAACUCAAAAAGAGCAGCAUCAGAUGUCAAGAAGCCAGCAGUAGGUUCAGCUGCUUGUCCUCAGCGGAAGAAAAGAGCUACUCUUAAAGACAUAACUAAUAUCACAAGUCAGAAUGUGUGCACGAACUGCACUGCAAGCAGAGGUCAGCAUAGCAAACAGGAUAUACAUGGCUCCUCUCAGAAAAAUGUAAAGGUGGCACCUGCUUGUUUUGCUAAGAGGUCUCAGAUACCAGGUGAUACAAGAGGAAAUGUAAUGGAAGGAAUGAACAAAAUAAAGGUACAGGAAUUGCAGGAAAAUGGUUCCGAACAAAACUUGACAAUUGGACCAACUGAAUUUGUCAGCGGAAAAAUGUUGGGUUCAGAAGGCCCAAUUCCUGCAAAGGCAAAUUCCAGCAAGCAAGUUCCACUGCAAAUUCGAUGUAAUAAAGAAGAUGAAAAGCACUGCAAGAAAGAGGAAAACUUGGAUGGUAGGGGCAUAAUUGAUAUAGAUUCAAAACACGAGGAUCCACAGAUGUGUAGCCUGUAUGCAGCCGAUAUAUAUUCUAAUCUGUACGUAACACAGCUUGCCCGGAGGCCUUUGAUUGAUUACAUGGAAAAGAUCCAGCCGGACAUCACCCAGGGAAUGCGGGCUAUUCUGAUUGAUUGGCUUGUUGAGGUUUCUGAUGAAUAUAGGCUGGUCCCUGAUACACUCUACCUCACUGUAAAUCUUAUAGACAGAUUCCUAUCUGAGAAUUACAUUGAGAAGCAAAAGUUGCAACUUCUUGGGGUAACCUGCAUGCUAAUUGCUUCGAAAUAUGAAGAAAUUUGUGCACCUCGCGUAGAAGAAUUUUGCUUUAUCACAGACAAUACCUACACAAAAGACGAGGUAGUGAAAAUGGAAAGUCUUGUUUUGAACUUUUUGGGCUUCCAAUUGUCUGUUCCCACCACAAAGAAAUUUCUCAGGAGGUUCAUUCAAGCAGCACAACUUUCUCAUGAGGUUCCUUCUGUUGAGCUGGAAUUCUUGGCGAAUUAUUUAGCAGAAUUAACUCUAAUUGAGUACAGCUUCCUGAAGUUCCUCCCGUCCCUAAUUGCCGCCUCUGCUGUAUUUCUAGCCAGAUGGACACUUAAUCAGUCAGACCAUCCAUGGAAUCCAACUCUGGAGCACUAUACAAGAUACAAAACAUCAGACCUGAGAAACACCGUUCUGGAAUUGCAAGACUUACAAUUGAACACCAGUGGAUGUAUGCUUAAUGCCAUCCGUGAAAAAUAUAAGCAAUCUAAGUUCAAGUGCGUUUCAACUCUGUGUCCAUCGAAACCUGUCCAAUCACUUUUCUAAGCGUAACAGAUUCUGUCGCAUCUACAGCUGACUUGAUUCUACUGUGAAGGCAAACUUACAGAUAACUGGAUGCUAAUGGAUGCAUCCUCAUUCUUUAUUUAUUCGUCUCGCAAUCCCUCACCAUUGUUGUACUGCUGUAAUCUGUUCUGGUGCUUCCAGUCUGUUUUGUAAUGGGAAGAUGUAAAGGAAGAAAUGAUAUAAUCUUAUUCAUUUAGAAAACAGGGUGCGUCUCAUUAGUCCUUUAUUUAUUGGGGGAAUUUAUUUGACAGCAGCUAAGUGCUUGCUGGCUGGGAGGUGUAGCCAUUUAGAUCUCUGCCUGUAUUGAACUUGACAGUUGACACUCAAUCAAUGAAAUAACUGACAUUGUAACAUUUGGUUCUUGUAUCUACAUUAGUUCUAGAACUCAUCAAUACCUAAGACAUAUGAGCUUCGAAGGUUCUUGUCAAAACUAGAAUAAUGUUUGCAGAAUAUAAAACUGAAACAUGGAGUAUGUAACAUUAACUGCACGAUGAGUACUUUGGGGAAUGCAUAUGAAUGCCAUUCAGUAUAUAAUAUUAACAAAAGAACAAGCACUUAAGAUAU